AAGUCAUAUCAGGAGGCGUUCGACAUAAGCAAAAGCAAACUACAGCCCACACACCCGAUCCGAUUGGGUCUGGCGCUCAACUUCUCUGUCUUUUACUAUGAGAUCCUUAACGCCGCCGAUCGCGCCUGUCAUUUGGCGAAGCAGGCGUUUGACGACGCGAUCGCCGAAUUGGACACUCUUAACGAAGAUUCCUAUAAAGAUAGUACGCUCAUCAUGCAGCUGCUCAGAGACAACCUCACGCUCUGGACGUCUGACACACAGGGAGACGGAGACGAACAACAAGAGGGCGGAGAUAAUUGA